UUUUAAUAAAAACAAAAAACGCUGGUUUAUAGUUGCAGCCUAUUACUGCGUGAGGUGUUUGAGUGGCUUUAUUAUAAGGCCUUCCUCGUGUCUGAGUUGUGCAGAUUGCUGAGGAGCCUUGCAGCCAACAGAGAGGAGGGACGCGACCGUCCCCUCUGUUGUGGAAAUGAGGAGCGUCUGAGGCAGGCAGGAUUGAUAGGGGCUGGGCUGAUGACAGCAUCCUCCGCCGCUCUACACCUGACUCCAUUAAGAUGCACAGAUGAUGGAGCUCUCCGCGCUGCCGGGUUAUCCUGCUGCCACCAUUUCGCACGACCACUGCCCCGAAACCCAUGUUCUCCAGCAGCCCCGAUGGCUGCGUCUGAAUUGUUUGCUAAUUCUGCAGCGAGUGGGCUGAUCGCCGCGGAUUUACUGUGAGUGGUCGGAUCACGGUGGUCUUUUUUCUUUUUUCUCUUUUUUUUUUUUUUUUUCCUGGAAAAGCGAACAGGAGUGGAUUGGCGCUGCGUCGUGGGUAAACACCAGAAAUGGGUGUCAUCGAGUCAAUUCUACCGAGCCCGGCUCCUCGUCCUUGGACCGGAUUUUCCUCAUGAUAAAACAUCUGUCCGACCCGGGUCUUACGCGUCUACAAGUUGCUUCACUGAGCAGGCGUAGUGCGUCAUCUUGAUUGUCACCAUCAGUCUCCUCUUGCGUCCAUUCGCCCAAUUGUCCAAAUGGACGCACAUCGCCAUCCAAGGCUAUACAACUAGAGGACACCAUUUUACUGGGCAAAUAUUCCCAAGGACGCGUCUCACUGUGCAUAUACAUAUUUAACUCUUCUCUCAUUAUGCUUCAGUCAAGCAAACAAAUGGUCCAAUCAAUAGCCUCUGGACAGAGUCUGCCAUAGGGAGGGUAUCAAUAACGCACAAAUUACGCCCCACACACAAACACACAUACACAAAUACACACAUAUAUAUAUAAUCUUUAAAAUAAAUCCAUGGCGCUGGAGAACUCUGUCUUCCCCUCCCGUCCCGACUCCCUCUCCCUCCCCGUGGAGGAGAGGGGGGAAGGGGAAGGAGCGGAGGAGGCCACCAAGGCCGCGGCCUCCGCGGGAGCCUUCGACCUGUCGGAGGAGCUGGGCCACGUCGUCACCACCGAGACGACGCCUUCCCCGCCGCCGUCCGCCAAAGUCAGCAGGUCGUUCCAGGACAAGCUGGCCGAGCGGGAGGCCACCGCCAACCAGCACAGGAAGAAGACCCCGGGGACGGAGAAGGAGAGGGGACGAUUCGGGUGGGCCCGGACUCGGCGUAAGAGGCAGCGCUACGUCGAGAAGAACGGCCGCUGCAACGUGCAGCACGGGAACAUGCGGGAGACCUAUCGCUACCUGACGGACAUCUUCACCACGCUGGUGGACCUCAACUGGCGCUGCUCGCUCUUCGUCUUCGUCAUGGCCUACGCCGUCACAUGGCUCUUCUUCGGGGCCAUCUGGUACCUCAUAGCCUACUGUAGGGGUGAUCUGGACCAUCUGGAGGACGAGACGUGGACGCCGUGCGUCAACAAUGUCAACGGCUUCAUCUCGGCUUUCCUCUUCUCGAUCGAGACGGAGACCACCAUUGGCUACGGCCACCGCGUCAUCACCGACCAGUGUCCAGUGGGAACGAUGCUGCUGCUGCUACAAGCGAUACUGGGAUCAAUGGUCAACGCCUUCAUGGUCGGCUGCAUGUUCGUGAAGAUCUCGCAGCCCAACAAACGAGCCGAGACGCUGGUGUUCUCCAAGCACGCCGUCAUCUCCCUGAGGGACGACAAGCUCUGCCUCAUGUUCAGGGUGGGCGACCUCCGCAGUUCCCACAUCGUCGGGGCCAACAUGAGGGCCAAGCUCAUCAAGUCCAAGCAGACUCAGGAGGGUGAGUUCAUCCCCCUGGACCAGACAGACAUCAGCGUGGGCUUCGAGACGGGAGACGACCGCCUCUUCCUGGUCUCGCCGCUGGUGAUCUCCCACGAGAUCGACGUCCACUCGCCCUUCUGGGACAUGUCGCAGUCCCAGCUGGAGAAGGAGGACUUUGAGAUCGUGGUCAUCUUGGAGGGGAUGGUGGAGGCAACCGGGAUGACGUGCCAGGCGAGGAGCUCCUACCUCACGGAGGAGGUGAUGUGGGGCCACAGGUUCAGCCCGAUGAUGUCCCUGGCUGAGGGCUUCUUCGACAUCGACUACGGGGCCUUUCACCACACGUUCGAGGUGGUCACGCCCUCCUGCUCAGCGCGAGAGCUCUCAUUGGCCGCAGCCAGACUGGACGCUCACCUGUACUGGUCCAUCUCCAGCAGACUGGACGAGGAGCCCACCCUGACCAACCCGGCGGCCAAGCAGCCGGACAGCGGCUCGGCCAACAGCAAAGGGGGCGAGCCCACCUUCGUGGUCGGGGAGAUGACUGACAUCCAGGAGCAAUCAGGACUGGGCGAGCUGAACGGCAGCGUCGCCACGGACCAAUCCGAAUCAGAGGCCUAGGACGGAGAAUGUUUACAGAGACCUUCAGUAUAUCGCCCUCCACAUCAUCAGUUACUGUCUGCAGGACCUUUUCCAUUUAAAGCAAACGAUUAGUUUCAUUAGUUCUGCAGUAUAUGCCAUAUCUUCUUCUGUUACCACACGAAAAGAGUAUAUUUCUUGGCAUUUUGUCUUUUAUUUGUACGUCCGUCUUCGUUUAAGUGUUCCGUGCUCUCUCUUUCUCUUUGAUUCGUUGUGUUAGCUCCAAUCACCUUUGCCUAUAUCUACAUUUAAAUGACAAUACUAUGCUGUAGGUGGGGUUAACCGAGGCCAUUUGUCCUGUGGGCCACAAAGACAACGAGUAUAUGGGUGGUUGACGUUUAGAUGCUUUAUUUUCACCUACAGAUUAAUGCUACUAGAUUAUAACGAGAAAACGUUAGAAACCUGAAACUCCUUUAGAUGAAAAUAUUGUUAUGAGAUGUGCUGCACGUCCGUCAGGGUGGGAGAGUAACCUAAUAUUAGUUUCAAAUAAAACAUCAUUUGGUGCUAGAUAAAUGUCUGGAAAAGCCACUCGGCCGUUUUCCUGCCCUGAACACGCUGUUAUCUUCAGGAGGCACAAAGAAUUCUAUUUACCGGUGACCCUGAUAUAAAUGUGCUAACCCGCCUAGCUGCACUCAACACUUUGUGUCUGAAAAAUAAAAAACCUUUAACGUAGAAACACCGAGACGUGUUUGUGGCUUCGUUUCACAUAUGGCGUGUGUAGCACAAGGGUUUAUGUUAUCUAUCGUUUGUUCCUCUAGUAGAAACUAAAAGCACAACAACAGUGACCUGCUCAGUUCAGCCCAGACUCCUGCUUUUGCUGCUGUGUACAUACGGUAUGUGGCCAUUUUUACUUGAUGUUUUUAAUAUUUAAUAUAACACAUCUAUUAGAGUUAAUAAACUACACUAUAUUCCUUGA